AUGAUUAAAUUUCAAAUUUGGCUAUUAACUACGAUAGCAAUAUGUACAUCGGCAAAAGCGGCAACCACCGAUACAUCUGUUCUAAAACAAAAACAAUAUUAUUUGCCCUAUCAAGAUGCUCGCGAAGCCGUCAUCCAGGCCGAAGAUCUCCUCAGCACCGGUGGACGUUUACAUUUAAAUAGCCGUGAAUCGAAAGUCGAUGAAAUAUUUCUCAAAUAUAAAUACGAUGAGCUGGCACGGGGAUUUCAUGAUUCCGAUCGAAAUCCAGCUGCCAUGCAUUUCUUUAAGGCCAAGCCAUUAAUCGAACGAAGUAAAGUAUUUCAUUUCCUCCAACAAAUGCCCAAGGGAGCACUGCUACAUACACACACCUCCGCCACCGUUUCUUCCAAAUGGGUUGUGGCAAAUAUAUUCCGUAUGCCGGGCCUACUACGAUGCGUUAAAAAGGAUGGUGUUAGUAUUUUGAGUUUUCGUCGUAUGCCGGAGAAACACAACUGUGCAACACAAUAUGUUUCGGUGAAUGAGGAAAGAAGUCGUUCCGCAUCAGCAUCGGAAUAUGAUCGUGCUUUGGAGAAACUUAUUAAUUUGUAUACACCCACACCGGAAUUAGAAUAUUCUUCCAUAAAUCGGGUUUGGUCCAAAUUUCAAAAUAUGUUUAGCACCAUUUCGGAUGCAUUGCUGUACAUACCCGCUUUCCGUACCUAUCACUGGCAAAUGAUGGAAGAAAUGUACAAUGAUAAUAUCAUGUAUGCCGAAGUUCGCAUGAAUUUCUAUGAGUUAUAUGAUAUUAGUGGUCGGAUCUUCCCAGCGGAACGUUGCAUUACCGAACUCAUUGAUAUUAUCCGGAAAUUCAAACUACAGCAUCCCGACUUUUUGGGAAUAAAAAUUAUUGUCUCACCUCAUCGUAAUGCUGAACCGGAUGUAAUGCGCAAACGUUAUGACAUCUUUAAGAAGUAUCAUUCCAUGUAUCCCAAAGAAUUGAUUGGUUUUGAUUUGGUUGGCCAGGAAGAUAAGGGAAAGCCUUUGCAUAAUUUCGUCAGUGUUCUACAUGAUCUACCCAAAUCGGCUAAAUUCUUUUUCCACGCAGGAGAGACAAAUUGGUUUGGUGCCUCAACAGAUUACAACCUCUUGGAUGCGAUACUCUUGAAUACAACACGUAUUGGUCAUGGUUUUGCCCUGAUGAAACAUCCUGUUCUCUGGAAUGCCGUGAAAUCUCGUGAUAUUGCUGUCGAAGUCAGUCCGAUAUCAAAUCAAAUUUUGAAUUUAGUAUGGGAUUUACGUAAUCAUCCCGGUGCUUUAUUCCUUGCACAAAAUAUACCCAUGGUUAUAUGUAAUGAUGAUCCUGGAUUUUGGGAUGCUAAGGGUCUGAGUUAUGAUUUUUAUUAUGCCAUUAUGAGUUUGGCACCAAAUAAUGCCGGCCUAAAGACUCUCAAACAGUUGGUAUGGAAUUCGUUAAAAUAUUCUACAUUUGAAGCUGGGGAAAGGCAGAGAGCCUAUGCUCUGCUGCAAAAGAAAUGGGAUCAUUUUAUUGAUGAUGUCCUUAGUGGUUUAGUAGUUUAGU